AUGUCUAACUUUAGGGGCCCGGAUUUUGCUGUGAAUAGGCAAAGUGGUAGACGUUAUCGACCGCAUGUUCAGAUCGGUCCAGCAGCAGAGAGACGAGCAGACCGUCCCGGUUAUCAGGAUUUCGGAUUUAUCUGCUUGCUACAGAUAUCGCCGGGAACCACAGGAAAUCUUGGUGAGUCGAAUGCCACUCCGUUAUCUAUAUCUAUCGCCAGCGCGUCCUCCACCUACACCAAACGACUUAAGUUGACCAGUAGAAAGAACGUGGUAAAGGGGUCCAAAAUAAAUAAUGGAUACGAGGUGGUAAGAAAAAGAUAG